UGGGGGCGGGACCAGGAUGCGGAACGGGGGACAGCCAGGCCGGGAGUGAGGAGGCGGGAGGGAUCCACGCGGGCGGCGGCGGGAUUUGGCGCUGCGAUCUCCGGGCUUGGCCUGGAGCGGGCGGGGAAACCAGGCGGGACUAGGGGCGGAUCCGACGGGGCGGAGCGGGGCUCGGGAUGAGGCCGUGGUUGUGACCCGGCGCGCUGCGGCCAUCUUGGGGCGGGGCCCGGGGCGGAGACUAGCCCGAAAGGGCGGUGCCUCUGCGGCAGCGAGAGAGGCGGGGCCCUGACCUCGGGGCGGGGCCAGGGCAUCUCGGGGCGGGGCCUGGAACUGGAUCUGGGAGCCGGGAGCCGGGAGCGGGGAACCAUGAAGCAGGGUGGGCCGCGGGCGCCAUGAGCACUGUGGAUCUUGCCCGCGUGGGCGCGUGUGUCCUGCAACAUGCGGUGACCGGGAAGGCUGUGGAGCUGCGGAGCCUGUGGCGGGAGCGCGCGUGGGUGGCCGGGCUGCGGCGCUUCGGGUGCGGGGUGUGCGGCUAGAUCGCCCGGGACCUCGGCAGCCUCGCGGGGCUCCUGGAGCAGCCCGGCGUGCGCCUGGUGGGCGUGGGGCCCCAGGCCCUGGGUCUGCAGGAGUUCCUGGACGGCGGCUACUUCGCGGGCGAGCUCUACCUGGAUGAGAGCAAGCAGCUUUAUAAGGAGCUGGGCUUCAAGCGGUAUAGCAGCCUGGGUGUCCUCCCUGUGGCCCUCGGGAAGUCCGUGCGUGAUGUAGCUGCCAAGCCCAAGGCUAUUGGCAUCCAGGGGAACCUGUCUGGGAACCUGCCACAGAGUGGAGGGCUGCCGGUGGUCGGCAAAGGUGGUGACACAGUGCUGCUGCAUUUCGUCCAGAAGUCUCCAGGUGACUACGUUCCCUGGGAGCAUAUCCUGCAGGUCCUGGGCAUCUCUGCAGAGGUGUGUGCCAGCGGGCCGCCUCAGUGUGACAGAGAGUUGUGAGGGAGGUGAAGGUCUUGGCCUCCAGGAUCCAGGAGGUGUCUGCUGCCCUGGGUGAGCUGGAAGUCAGCCUGGAAAAACGGUUCUGGCGCCGCCGGGCCGGGCUGUGGAACUUCGGAUCCGCGGACAGCCACUGAGCCUUCGGCCUGCGGUUCCUGGGCGGACGCUGCUACGCCAGCUCCGAGCCCUGCAGCCCCCGGGGCCCCCGCCUUGCUCGCAGGGCAGCUGUGAGUCCCAGGGGUCACCAUCCUGCUUUGCGAGUGUCUCUGGAGACCUUGGGCCUUCAGUUCGUGUGCCGCUCGGGAGGGAAUGGGGACCUCACUGCCCUGUCACUCCCUUCAAAGGCGAUGGACCCCAGCGCAUGUCGGGGGAGGAGUGUGGGGUCAGGGCGAGGCUUCAGCGGGGCGGGGUCGGUGCCCGUGGCUGGUGGGAGCCACUCAGGAGAGUGGGUUUUCAGGGCAGAGAUGGGCUUGAUUCCACCUGUUGGGGCCAUGGACCCUGGGGACCCUCAGGUGAUGGGUCAGCCCGCCGCAAGGCCCUUUCCUGAUGUCAGAAUCACUGCACCCGCUGCGGAUGGUCUCUGAGGCCUGUGGGGCAGCGGCCUGGGGGGUCUUGGUCCAGUUAGGUGUGUCCAGCUUCCUGGCCACCUUUCCUUGGGGGUUCCCAACAAGUCCCGAGCAGAGCCCCUCACCUCCCAGGCCAGACUCCCUGCUCAGGGCCCUCCCCUCCCAUGCAGGCCGAUGACAACCGCAGCGCUCCUGGCCCCCCUAGUCCAGACUCGGGGACCACUGUGGCCUCCUGCUGGUCUCCUAGUUCCCUUCCUGCCCCCAGCCCCACCCUCGAAGUGGCCAUUUGAAAAAACGAAUAGCAGGGACCACACCCCUGUGUGUUCAGCCCGUCCUCGGGCUUUCAGUUAUACAGCUAGGACUCCCCGCUCCGGCGGCAGCUCCGUCGGUCCCCCGGCGCCCCAGCGGGGCUCUCCGCAUCUGAACAUGCGGUCCCUGGGGGCAGGCACUCGGGGGCACCCUGGUCACUGCUGACCCUGGACUGGACCCUGGGAAAUCUGGCUAGAACCGGCCCCCUCCCACUCAGCUCCCAGCUGUCACUCUCCCCCCAGCCCCCGGCAGCCAUCUUGCCCGAGGCCACUGCCACCCGUCUGCCCACCCUAGUCUGUCCCAGACAAGCAAGGCCUCCGAUUUCUUUGAAGCAUUUACUUAGCUCAAGUCUGAAGCUGUGGACACUGGGAAACAGUGCGCUUUGGAGGGUGGGCAGGGCACAGCGGCCCGUCUGUGUAGGGCUGUGGUGGGGCGCUGAGCCCCGAGAGCGUCUGUGGAGGGGGCUCGGGGCCAGCUCUGCUCUGGACACUGCUCAUCCCGGGGUGUCAGGCAGGUGGCUGCACUGGAGGCCAGGCGCAGAUGCCUGGCAGGCAGGCUUGGCACGGCCGGCUGGGGCGGGGCGUACGCUGGGUCUCCGCCGGCCGCACCUUCUGCACACAGAGGCCUCCGAGCAGCGGGUGGGCGUGGGCCGCGCAGCGCGGCCGGGCCUUGGCUACCACACGCGGCAUCGCUCCCUGGGGUUCAUGGGGGUGCCCUGGGCGCAGUGGAAUGUGUCUGCGAAGGCGGCCAGGUUCUGCAGCGAGCCCAGCACCCUGUGGGUGUGUGGAUGGGCAGGUGAGACUAAGCGGGACCAUGGCCAUCGUGUACAAGCCCGGCCAUUUUUAGUUCCCCUUGACUAGAAACCAGCCCAGCGUCAGCCUGAUGGCUCAUGUCAGCAUGACCAGAAACGUGCCAACCGCGAGAUGAACUCUCUCUGACCAGAAACGUGCCAACCGCGAGAUGAACUCUCUCUGACCAGAAACGUGCCAACCGUGAGAUGAACUCUCUCUGACCAGAAACGUGCCAACCGCGAGAUGAACUCUCUCUGACCAGAAACGUGCCAACCGCGAGAUAAACGCUCUCUGACCAGAAACGUGCCAGCCCUGCAGUAAAACUUCCCUCACACAGAAACGUUCUGAGCCUGCCAUAGGCUCUCCCUCCCUAAACCCUUAGACCCUCUUAGUCGGUCAGAGCGUGCUCCUGAAAUCAGCGAGAACGCCCUCAGGUUCCUUCCCAAAGUAAACCUGGUUUUCACUGUGGA